AGUGCUACUGUCCAUGGUGGGUCUCUCAUGCCCACUGGCCUCCCUCAUGCUGGGGUCCAGGAGGGCAGCAGGAGGGAACAGGACAUUUUUCCCCUUCUUCUCGGACUUCAGGGGCCACAACGUGACGGCCCUGCGUGUCGGCGAAUCAUCUGCCCUGGCCUCCAUCUUCCUGCUGUCCUUGGCGGGCAACAUCUGGGGCAUCUGUCUGCUGGUGCGGCGGCAUCGCAGGCUGUGCGCCGCCAACUGCCUCGUCCUCAACCUCUUCUGCGCCGACCUGCUCUUCAUCACCCCCAUCCCCUUCAUCGUCAUCGUGCGCUGGACCGAGUCCUGGGAGCUGGGCGACGCCGUCUGCCACAUGCUCUUCUAUGUGGUGAGCCUGAGCGGCGCCGUCAUCAUCCUCUCCCUCUCGGCCGUCAGCCUGGAGCGCGUCGUCAGCAUCGCCCGGCUGCGCCACGCCGCGUUCCGCCGCCGCAAGGUGCUGGCGGCCGCCUUGCUCCUCAUAUGGGGCUUCGCCGCCCUCGCCACCCUCCCGCUCUGUUGCUUCUUCACCGUGGUGCGGCUGCCCGCCGCCUCAGGCCAGGAGAUUCAGAUUUGCACCCUGGCUUGGCCCACCACUGCAGGAGAAAUAGUCUGGGAUACGACCUUUGCCAUUGUUUUCUUUCUAAUACCAGGAUUAGUCAUUGUUGUCAGUUACUCCAAAAUCUUACAGAUUACAAAAGCAUCAAGAAGAAGUUUAAAUGCUGGUUUAGCCUACUCAGAAAAUCAUCAGAUCCGUGUUUCCCAGCAAGACUACAAACUAUUCCGAGCCCUUUUGCUGUUGAUGAUCUCUUUCUUCAUUAUGUGGAGCCCAAUAGUAGUAAUUAUUUUUUUAAUUUUAGUUCAGAACUUCAAAAAAGAUUUAAAUAUUUUGCCAUCAGUUUUCUUCUGGAUAGCAUUAUUUACUCUUGCCAACUCUGCUGUCAAUCCAAUUUUGUAUAAUGUUGCCCAUUUCAGACGUAAAUGUCAGGAAAUUCUUCUCUGUUGUACCGGGAACCCUGAAAGGCAUAGGGCAGGUACAGAAACCACUGCCAGAAGAAGUAACCAUGAACAGCCACACUUAUCUUUCAUUACCAGAUAAUUAUUUAAAGUCUGAGCUGUGCCACACUUUGGAUGUUGUCUACACUUUUCCAGGUCGAAUAGGUCACUCUGAUAUAGUAUUAUAUGCCAGAGAAGGGGGGAAAAAAAAGCUAAAUCUGUAUUUUUGUUUCCUGCAGGUAAAAUUCUCUUGACUUCACUGCUUUGCCUCAGUAAGAUUUGUACAAUUUAAUCCAAUGGAUUGAAUUCUCCUCUUACGCUGAAAUAAAUAGGAAUAUAGCAGUGAACUCAGUGAAUGUAAAACAGCUGAAAUAAGUACUUGCCAGAUGAAACAAUUUCUAUGAGGGUACAUUUUCAGAUGGCAUAAAUCUCAUUAACUUUAAUGAGGUUAUAAUGAAUCUAUAUCAAGAGGGCACCUGAUUCAUUUUUACUUGUUAUUUUCUACUGAGUAAAAGAAAUAAACUUUCUAGUUUAAUGUUCAUCCUCAGAACACUAAUGAAAAUGUUCAUCCUCAGAAAGUGUGUGCUUUUUUUAAUCCCAUUGUAAAAGAGAAUUUGAUUAUACUCUUAGAUUACUGACUGCCUGAACCUAUGUUUGAGCCAACUAAACAAUUUCAUGUAGGAAACAAGGUGAUAAACAUAUAUUAUGACCAAGUGAAUGACCAGUUUGGUUCCAUCUCAAAUUAAAAAUGUGGACAUGAUGCAUAUUAAUUUAUAAAUAAAGAAUAAAUAAAAAUGGUUAAUU